AUGAACAUGUCAGAGAUGAAAGCAGCAUGGUCUCUGUGGGUUUCUGUAUGGAUGUUUUCGGAUGUUAAUGAGCCGAUCUUCUGAAUAUGCUGUCAUUUUUUCCAGUUAAGAUGGACAUUUGGUCUCAUAAACUGCAGCUUGCCACCUGGACAGUGAUGAACCUCCUCUAUGUGUUUUCUUAUGAGGUGACGGUGAGGGACUCUGAUCUGAGGCUGUGUGAAAAGGACAAGCGAGUGUGUGUCGCUGACCUCAGCGACUGUGGCCCUCGACCUGCUUCAUCUAUACAGAAGAGCCUCAACAUGUCCUGUCACUACCUGAUAUCACACAGAUCCAUGGCAUGUGAGUGGAGCGAGGAGUCAAACGGCCACACUGACGUCUCGCUCAUCUUCAGGAGCAUGGAUCAAAUCUUAUCCUGCCGGGGAAUCUUCAACCCAGCCGCCGUCCUCAAUGUGACAGCCAGGAUAAGAAACCGCAUGAUGGGUGGCGAGAUGUGGUCCCAGCCUCACGCUGUGUUUCUUUAUGAUGCAGUCAAACCCUCUCAGCCGGUCUUAACUGGACUCGGCUCCACUGCGGACUCUGUCGAUGUGUCUUGGAGAAGCAGCAGUGACGGCGGGUGUCGGCUUCGCUACAGAGUCGACCACACUCACAGAUGGACCCAGGCUUCAGUUUCUGUCCCUGCACGCCGAGAUCAGAUAGUGACCUACAAAAUCAAAGACCUCCUGCCGUUUACCAUCUACAGAGCUGCUGUGGCCUGCAGAGAAGAGUCCGGCAUCUGGAGCGACUGGAGCUCUGACAUCGCUGUGAGGACGCUGGACAGGGUCCCCUCCAGGCCUCCAGAGGUGUGUUACAGAGUGGAGGAAUCUGACUCUGCUGGAUCUUUUCUCCUUCAUCUCAUGUGGAAGGACCUCGACCUCAGUAAAGCCAGAGGUCGCGUCCUCGGAUACCAGGUGAGCUAUGAGCCAGUGAAGAAGCAGGAGCUGCACGGCAGUUUAAUUCGAAAUGUCACUGAGGUGACAGCACUCCUAGUGGUGGAGGAGGGGAACUGCAGUGUCACAGUUACAGCCUUUAACAUGGCUGGAUACGGCCCUGCUGCACAUCUCAGCAUCAACAUAGAAAGACAGAACGCUCUCCCCUCGGUGAGAAACUUGUGGGUUUCCAGCUCCUUCCCUUCUGUGGAAGGCCUUCUGGUGCAAUGGGUGAGCCUCACAGCCCCGCCCUAUGUCCCACCUGUCAGUCAUUUUGCUGUCCAGUGGCACUCUGAGACUCGUCCAUCCCCCAGCCGCUGGACUACAGUGGACAGCUUCACCACCUCCACUGUCAUACAAGAUGUGGACCCCGAUGAGUCCUACCUGAUCAGUGUGUUCCCUGUCUACAGGCAGCACUGUGGAUCUCCUCUGUCGCUGCCUGCCGGUCUGCAGCAGGGAGCUCUGAUGGAGCCGGUCAAACUGACGGUGAUGGGCGUGACCAAGUCAACUGUGACAUUUGUGUGGGAGUGGCAGAAGAAGUCCAGGCCAAUCAGAGUGAACAGAUACAGAGUGAUGCUGAGGAAAGACUCAGAGAUACAAACUCUGUCUUUGUGGCCGGACCAAUCGCAGCACACCCUCAUCAACUUGAAACCCAACACUGAGUAUUCUCUUCUCCUAUUGGCUGAUAAUGUUUCCAGAGACAUCAUCCCCGUGAGAACAGACUUUGAUGAGGUAACAGCGGUGGCUACAGCGACUCCUCUGCUGCUGCUGGCCGUUACUGUGUUCAUCAUCUCCAUCCUGUCUCGGACCGUGUACCAGUCGUACUUCUUCCCGCCGAUCUCCAGCCCUCGGGGCAGUACGACAGGCCAGUGGCUGAUGGACACGAGCCACCAGAAAAUGACAGAGAGGAACAUCCUGGAUAUGAAGGACUUCCAGGUGACGGAUGUACUCGGAGAGAAAAGUGUCAUCAUGGUCGGUCCGAACUCUCAGCACUCCUCAGAAGAGGACCUACAUGAAGGCACCUCCCUGCUGUCAAUCAGUCACCUCAUCAUCAAACUGUACACAGAGUAUGUUUCUGAUUCUCCAGUGUUCACGGAGCACCAACUGGUCUCUCCCCAGUCUGACCAUCCUGACAACACAGUGAACUGCCAUCAUCCGGACGGAGUUUUCAUAGCUGACGCUGCUCCGCUGCCUCAGACACAGGAAGCUAACGGCUGCUUUCCUCAGAAAGAGGAAGAGGGCAGAGACAUUGACUUUUCUGAGACAUCACAGCAGAAGGAAACUGCUGUGAGAAUGACAUGUGAGGCUGAGCAUACAGUAAACCCCUCCUUUCUGGGGAAAACUGAUGCUGAAACAGCGAGCAGACAGACUGACUGUUCUUAUCUGAUCUGUGAGACUGAUUAUAUAGCAAAUAGUUGCUUUACUGCAAAAAUUGCAGAUGAAGACAGAACCAUUAGUACUGCAUGCUAGGUCAAGGCACAGAUGGAUAAAUCAGAGGAUGGAUAUAAAAUGGAGACAACAAAGCUAUUCUUACUAUGUACUGAGAGGGGAAAACGUUGCAGUGGUGUCACCUAAAUGAAACCAGUUCAUUCUGUGUACGGAGGCCAUUAAUGCCAAUAAUAAUCAUAUUGAAAUGUAUCUGUACAGCAUAUUUCAUACAGGAACUGCAGCUCAAAGUGCUUUACGACAAAGACCUCACAUGCGCCAAGUGAGUGCUUCACAUAGACAAAACAGAAUGGACAUAAAAACAGGGCUAAACAUUUCAUGUAAAAUAAGAUGGAACAUAAAAACCCGCUCAAUAAUGACAGUAACUGUGAGAUAGGAGAUGAAGGCUUUGUCCGACACCAAAACCCUGCACAGUAGCUUAUAAUACUCUGAAUGUCAUAAAAGCAGCGACUAUUUUAUCUUUGGCCCUGGGGUUAGCAGACAGACGGCAUUCAUGUAACAAAGUAAUGUAGAAUGAGUGCUUGCUGCAUCAGAGCGGAAAAGUUCAACUUGGCUCAAGGUUUUGGUUUUGCUGGCUUUGCUGGACAACUCGGCUGUAGUCUGUUGGAACCUUCUGCAUUGGCUCCUCCUGCAUUUACCCAUGUGAAGAACGUGAAAGGUGCUAGAACAUUUGUACAUAAGUUAUCAGCUUCAGUGAUCAGGCAUUUUGAUCUUUUGCAAAAGCAAAAUUGUACGAGAGGAUUUAUCAGGGGAAAUCAAAGUUGUUUUAAUGUCCCAAUCAAUUAAUCUGAGCCUGUGAAUAUUAAGAUGCAUUAAGCUACAUUUACUAGUGGCAUGAGGCAAUGCACGAGCCACUCGCCUCUAUAGCUCGAGCCACUAUUGUAAUCUCUCGCAUUUCUUAUCAUUAUUAUUAUUAUUAGGGACACGGUGCAAAGCCCCAAGUCACUAUUGUUAUACUGCGCGUUUCUUCUUCUUAUUAUUAUUAUUAGGGACACGGGCGACGAGUCACUGGCUCCUACAGCUAUGAAAAUAGCUGCAGGGGCCAGUGACUCGGGGGCACUGCGCGUUUCUUCUUCUUAUUAUUAUUAUUAUUAUUAUUAUUAGGGACACGGGGCAACCCACAGAGUCACUGGCCCUUACAGCUAUGAAAUAGCUGUAGAUGUUGUAUUCAUUCUAAACCACAUACAUAUUUGAAAUAUAGAUAUUUAAUGUUUAAUAUAUUCAGGGAGCUCAUAGUGAAACUCAUUCUCCAUGUCGUUCUCCAUCAUGUCAUAGCACAAGCAACGCUGUAUGCUUUCAGCCAAUCUUACAGCUUCUAUGCAAGAACAUGAACAGGAGUCAGGUAAUAACUUAUAUGUAUAGCCCCCUUCACUCUCCACAAAAGUACAGAAAAAAAAUGAAGCUGCACUGCAAUUAGCUACCACAUUCUCUGGUUUAAAUAGCCCAUUUAUAUUAUUUUAUAUUAGGCCUAUUAUAUUAAUAUUGUUACAGCAAUUUUUAACCUUUUGGCAUACAUGUAGACAUGCUGAUUUGCAAUAAAGUUGAAGUGGCCCCUUAAUUUUUUUUUUCCCAGAGCUGUAAAUGCACACACACAUGAUCUUUAUGAAGUAACAAACUUUUACAUACAGAUUUAGCCAUUUAAUAUGUUAUAAAGAUAGUAACAUACCAUUUAAAGACUUUGGUCCUACUUAAGACAGGCUGUAUCUAAUGAAAAUAUUUUUUAGAUUAUCUGUCUCACCAAUAAUGACUUUUUUUUUCUUUUUCUUUUGAAAAGUAUCAAAAAAGUAUUGUUGGUAUCAUGACAACACUAGUAGAUAUUGAUACAUAUACCACGGUUUGAUAAUCAAUAAUUUUAUUGAAAUAUGCCAAUACAUCUGAUUGGCUACAGACACUUCCCUGUUGAAAAAAAUGCAUUUGUGGCUCGAGACACGGCAGGGGAGUCUCUCCCAUUAACUCCCAUUAAUUAAAAGUAUGUAUAUUGUCCCUUGAAGUGACCUUCAAUUAUGUUUUAACUAGUUAAAACAAGGGAGAGAUAUCUUGAACUGAAAUUGUGACUACUGAAUGUUUAGUAUAGAUCA